CACAAAACUGGGGUCCGACGGUAGGACGAAGCUUGGCAGGCUGCCUCCGUAUCUGUAGUUUGAUCCCCAUCCCUGUGUCCUGUGUCUGUCCUCCGCUUUUCCAGGGUAACCGUCCCGAUCUCAAGCUGCAGAGAUGGACCUGCUUCACAGCUGGGGAGUGAACCUAGCCGUCCAUUUGCAGACGGAGCACCAGGACUGGGAGAAUCUGUUUCAGUGGGUCUCCUCAGUGGCGGAUCUCCACACCACCUUCUUCGUGUUUUUCCCUAUUUGGUUUCAUCUGCACAGAGAUGUGGGCGUUAAACUCAUCUGGGUGGCUGUGGUUGGAGACUGGCUAAACCUUGUGCUGAAGUGGGUGCUAUUCGGUGAGAGGCCAUACUGGUGGGUGCAUGAGACUAAGUUUUAUGGCCCUAUAAAACAUCCUGAACUGCAGCAAUUCUCCAUCACAUGUGAAACUGGACCAGGGAGCCCGUCGGGUCACGCCAUGGGUUCUGCGGGUGUUGGGUAUGCGAUGGUUACAGCAGUGCUUUCCAUUGCCGCUGAAAGAAAACUAUCUUCUUUACAUUAUAGAUUGUUACAGCUGGUGCUGUGGGUGGCUCUGGGUAUGGUGGAGUUACUGGUAUGCAUGUCGAGAGUCUAUCUGGCAGCCCAUUUCCCACACCAAGUUAUCAGUGGAGUUAUUUCAGGUAUAAUUGUGGCAGAAAUAUUCUCCCGAGUGCAGUGGAUCUACAGCGCUAGUUUGAAGAAGUACAUCAGCGUGACUCUGUUCCUGCUCUUCUUCGCGGUGGGUUUCUAUGUGCUUCUGAAAGCCGUGGGUGUGGAUCUGCUGUGGACAUUGGCAAAGGCCCAGAAAUGGUGCGUCAAUCCAGACUGGGUCCUUAUGGACACCACCCCCUUUGCCAGCCUGCUGAGGAACAUGGGCACACUUUUUGGUCUGGGGCUUGGUCUUCACUUGUCAGGUGGCAAUGAAACAAGCAGAAAACACAGCUGCGUCUUUUUCAGGAUGGGAUGUAUUGGUGUGUCAUUGGUGUUGCUGCAGUUCCUGGACAAGAUGACAUUUUCCUCAAGUAACCAGUUACUGUUCUACUUUCUGUCAUUCUGUAAGAGCGCUUUUGCUUUGGUGCUUCCCACCGCAAUUGUUCCUGGAGCCAUAUGUUGGAUUUCAACAAAAAACAGGCAUGAUAAGGACAUGUAGUGCAAUAUUCAUACAAAACACAGAGUUUGACUGAUGCAGGUUUGCAUUGGUGAUUUUCAAUGUAAAUGCAAUGUUCAGCAAAUAUUUUUGCAGUGCACUCUUUAUAAAAUACCUCAGAUAGCAUGUACAGGAUGGUUGGCUAUAGAACAUGUAAACAGAUUUGAACUGUCCUGCGAUUUUAGUUUGUUGUGUACAUUUUUUUUUUUAUUGUCUGCAUUAUGAAAAUCAUGUUCAAGAGAAAGUAUGAAAUGUAUAAUAUUUUAUAUAUAUAUAUAUAUAUAUAUAUAUAUAAUAUUUUUUUCCUAGUCAUUAUCUAAUAUUUAAUGAGGCUUGUUGACAGUGACACAGUCACUGCAGACAAAUAAUUUUCAAAUAUUAAUAAGCAGUAAAGCAGUUUUGUUAAAAUAUUUUUUAAAUAAUAACAAUAAAAGAUUCUGAGAAUAAUUUGACUUUCAUCAAAAAUUUCAUCCUUUUUUUCCCUACAGUAUGUCUUAGAAACAAUACUGAAAAUUAAAAUUUGGUCUGCAUUAUGAAAGCCAAAUGUCCAUGUUAAAAAAAAGAAAUGUACUCAUUAUAUUCAUGUUGGUUUAGAUAAAUAUUUAUACCAUUUUCAAGAAAAAUGUCUUAAAACUUUUUAAUGACUGUAAAAAUGCAUGUGGUGUAUUAAAUAAAAAAUCUUGUUUUA